AUGGCGGAUGCUCACAGCAAUGCCCCCUCAAACCCCAACUCGGUUGAACUACUGGCCAUCAACGAAUCUUUCAGAGCGGAGAAUCUGAAAAUGGCCGAGCUCUUACGUCAAAAGCAAAAUAGUCAAAGUAAAGGAGGAGAGCACAAGAACGCUGAAAACAAGGAUGACAACGACGAGCACACGUCAGAGGCAAAGCACACCAUACCCACUCCCCUAAAAACCGUAACCAAAAUAACCAAUCCAUUCACAAAAGAAGCCAUGAGCUUUCAGAUGUUCAAAAAUUUCACCCUUUCAAUGACCCUAAAACCUUAUGUAGGAAUAGGGGACCCAAACAUCCACGUCACCAAAUUAUAUAUCAUGAUGUUCAUGAACAAAGAAUCCACCCUAAUCCUAUGUCGUACUUUCCCAACUUUCCUAGACGGUGCCGCCCUGAUUUGGUUCUCCAACCUCCUUGAAAGCUCCAUUUCUAAUUUCAAUGAACUAGCCGACCAAUUCGUCAACCAUUUCGCUGCAUCCAAGAUAUAUGUGCACAACUCUGACUACCUGAGCACCAUUAAUCAAGGGACGCAUGAAAACCUGAAGGAUUAUAUGACCAGAUUCGCUGAAGCGACCAAUGAAAUACCCAACUUGAACCCAGAAGACCACCUUCACGCCCUGAAAAGCAGCCUUCGCCCCGGAAAAUUCCAAGAGACCAUAGUCAUAGCAAAGCCGAAAAUUCUAACCGAAUUCCGAGAAAAGUUCGACAACUACACUCCCCUCAAUGGCAAGAAAGAGGACAUCAUCAAAGAUAUUCUGCACUCGAAACUUAUCAAACCGCCAAACAAAGCAGGCACAUGCCAAGACCAGCGAUACAUAGACAAGUCCAAGUAUUGCACCUUCCAUCAGAAAUAUGGACAUACAACAGAUGACUACGUUAUAGCAAAAGACCUUCUCGAAAAACUGGCCCGACAAGGCCUACUAGACAAAUACAUCGAUACCCGAGGGAGAAAGCGGCAUACAGAAGACCUCAGCCAACAUUCCAAAAUAAUCGACAAUCCCCGAGACAAGGGGAUAAAGGUAGACGAAGAUGUCAAUCCACCCCGUCGAGUAAUAAAUUGUAUUUCUGGUGGUUUUGCAGGAGGAGGAUGCACAAACUCGGCUAGAAAGAGAUCCUACCGAGCUAUGACGUCAGUAACGGGAUCAACCUCGUCUCAACCCAUCAACCCACACAAGUCGGAGAUCUCAUUUCUCCCCAAGGACUAUAAAGUAAUUAACCACAACCUCGACGACCCCGUAGUCAUCUCUUCGCAGGUUGGAGAGCCUUUGGUAAAGAAAAUCCUGAUGGAUCCAAGGAGUAGCGCAGACGUGCUAUUCUACUCAACAUUUCAGAAAAUGAAGUUAAGUGACAAAGCCCUCCAACCAUCAUCCGGGAAACUGGUAGGUUUCUCAAGUGAGCAAGUUCCUAUCCGAGGUUAUAUCUGGUUACAAACCACACUUGGAAACUAUCCUGACUGUAACACUAUAGACAUACAAUAUCUGGUUGUUGAUUGCAAAAGUCCUUAG